ACCAUCGGAUAUUUCACGUGUUUUUGUAAUAUUUUUCAUAUUUUGGUUCAAGACAUUGUCCCGCCCAUUUACGCCUCAAACGUGUUGACCUCAUUCCGUGCCGUCAGUGGCUACGGUGGUUUUCACGGAAGAUGCUGAAGAAAAGGGAUCCGCUGCUUGUUGAGAGUCCCCCAGAUCGUGAAGAUGAGACCAUGGUGCCAGUACUGACCUCCAAAAAAGCCAGCGAAUUACCAGUGAACGAAGUUGUAUGCACAUUGCAGGCUGACCUGCAGUUUGGCCUGACUCACGAGGAGGUGACCCGUCGCCGUGUCUACCAUGGCUGGAACGAAUUUGACAUCAGUGAAGAUGAACCGCUGUGGAAGAAAUACAUCUCCCAGUUUAAGGACCCCCUUAUCAUGCUGCUCCUGGCCUCCGCUGUUAUCAGUGUGUUGAUGCGACAGUUUGACGAUGCCGUCAGCAUCACAGUGGCCAUUAUUAUCGUUGUGACCGUUGCCUUUGUCCAGGAGUACCGAUCUGAGAAGUCACUGGAGGAAUUGGGGAAACUCGUGCCUCCAGAAUGUCACUGUAUACGGGAAGGGCACUUGGAACAUUUGCUAGCACGGGAGCUUGUUCCCGGAGACACCGUCUGCCUCUCCACUGGAGAAAGGGUGCCAGCUGACCUACGCCUGUUUGAGGCCACUGAUCUGUCUGUGGACGAGUCCAGUCUGACGGGCGAGACCACCCCCUGCUCCAAGUCCAGCGCUCCUCAGCCUGCGGCCACCAAUGGAGACAUCACAUCGCGGAGCAACGUCGCCUUCAUGGGCACACUGGUGCGAUGUGGGAAGGCCAAGGGUAUUGUCAUCGGUACUGGAGAAAAUUCUGAGUUUGGAGAGGUCUUCAAGAUGAUGCAGGCUGAGGAGGCGCCCAAAACCCCACUACAGAAGAGCAUGGACCUGCUGGGAAAGCAGCUCUCUCUCUACUCAUUCGGCAUCAUAGGAGUCAUCAUGCUGGUCGGGUGGCUGCAGGGCAAGCACAUCAUGGAUAUGUUCACCAUCGGUGUCAGCCUGGCAGUGGCGGCGAUCCCUGAGGGCCUGCCCAUCGUAGUCACGGUGACUCUGGCCCUGGGCGUGAUGAGGAUGGUCAAAAAGCGAGCCAUCGUCAAGAAGCUGCCCAUCGUGGAAACACUAAGCUGCUGCAACGUCAUCUGUUCGGACAAGACGGGCACCCUGACCAAGAAUGAGAUGACUGUGACACAGUUGUUCACCUCCGAUGGCCAACAUGCAGAAGUGACGGGCGUGGGGUACAACAGUGCUGGAGAGGUGCUGCUCAACGGCGAUCUGGUGCACGGCUUCUCCAAUGUCUCCCUUCGCAAGGUCGUCGAGGCUGGCUGUCUGUGUAGCGAUGCGGUCAUCAGGAACGGCACCUUGAUGGGGAAGCCCACAGAGGGAGCGCUCAUCGCCCUGGCCAUGAAGAUGGGUCUGGAGGGGGUUCAUCAGGAGUACGUCCGGCUGGAGGAGAAGCCCUUCACCUCGGAGCAGAAGUGGAUGGCUGUCCGCUGUGUCCACCGUACCCAGCAGGACAAGCCCGGGACCUACUUCAUGAAGGGGGCCUACGAGCAGGUGAUCCGCUGCUGCAGCAGCUACCACAGUAAAGGAGUAACACUACCUCUCACCAACCAGCAGAGGGAGCUGUUCCAGCAGCAGAAGAGCUACAUGGGCACAGCUGGCCUGAGAGUGUUGGCAUUUGCAUCAGGCACUGAGAUGGGCAGCCUCACAUUCCUGGGCCUGGUGGGCAUGAUUGACCCGCCUAGGGCUGGGGUGAAGGAUGCAGUGGGCACCCUCCUCAACGCUGGCGUCGCUGUCAAGAUGAUUACAGGCGACUCCCAGGAGACAGCUGUGUCAAUUGCGAGUCGGUUGGGUCUGUACACGAAGGGUUCCCAGUCCCUUUCUGGGGAAGAGGUGGACCAGAUGGACCUCCAGCAGCUCUCUCAGAUAGUACCCAGGAUAGUGGUGUUCUACAGAGCCAGUCCCAGACACAAGCUGAAGAUAGUCAAGUCACUACAGAACAUUGGGGCUGUGGUAGCCAUGACGGGUGAUGGUGUGAACGACGCCGUGGCACUGAAGGCGGCCGACAUCGGCGUUGCCAUGGGCCAGACGGGCACCGACGUGUGCAAGGAAGCAGCUGACAUGAUCCUUGUGGACGAUGACUUCCAGACCAUCAUGUAUGCUAUUGAGGAAGGGAAAGGGAUUUAUAACAACAUCAAGAACUUUGUGCGGUUCCAGCUCAGCACGAGUAUUGCUGCCCUCACCCUCAUCUCCCUGGCCACGCUCAUGAACUUCCCCAACCCCCUCAAUGCCAUGCAGAUCCUCUGGAUCAACAUCAUCAUGGAUGGACCGCCCGCGCAGAGCUUGGGGGUGGAGCCAGUGGACCCUGAUGUCAUUAGGAAGCCUCCGCGGAAUGUUCGUGACAGCAUCAUCACCCGCAGUCUGAUCGUCAAGAUCCUGGUGUCCUCCUUCAUCAUAGUGUGCGGAACCCUGUUUGUCUUCUGGAGAGAGCUGCAGGACAAUGUGAUCACGCCCAGGGACACCACUAUGACCUUCACCUGUUUUGUUUUCUUUGACAUGUUCAACGCCCUCAGCUCGCGUUCGCAGACACGUAUGGUACACGAGAUGGGCCUGUGCAGUAACCGAAUGUUCUGCUACGCCGUGCUGGGGUCCAUCAUGGGUCAGAUGCUGGUCAUCUACUUCCCCCCGCUGCAGAAAGUCUUCCAGACAGAGAGCCUCAGCGUCCUGGACCUGCUGUUUCUUGUAGGCCUCACCUCAUCGGUGUGUGUUGUCUCGGAGAUGAUCAAGAAGCUGGAGAGGUUGAGGGGCGAGAGGAGAAAGGGCCGUGACGGGACUGACAACACUGACUCUUUCCAUGAAGUAUGACGCACGUUGCGUUGCACGCAGAGGAUCGUGGUGGACACUGGACAGUGGCUCUGGGCGCCAUGUUUUCUUCCUCUGGAUUGUCGGUCAUUCAGUUAGUGUGUGUGUGUGUGUGUGUGUGCGGGUUUGUGAGUGUGUGUGUGUGUGUGUGUGUGUGUGCUCGUCUGCAGGCUGACUGAGCAGACUACAAGAACCGAGCGAGAGAGAGUGAAGUGGGUGACCAGGUUGAUCUUGUCCUUGUCUAGGGCAGGGACGGCACUCACUCCUCCCCAUGGACAGACUGUGGUUGUGCACUGGUUUGAGUCCCCCAUUGGGUUACCACCUCUCCUUCCCUGAGCCUUUCUCUCAACCCCACCCCAGCCCCUGCCCCUCCUCCCCCAGGCUCUUUGAAAACAAAAAAGCUUUGGUGUGCUGCUUUUGAGACUUUUUGUCCCCACCGUCUGAAAGAACAUUUUUAUUUAUGAGAUACUGUAAGGCUUCAGACAGUGACUGUUGACUUUUUAUUUCUCAUCAAAUGACUGCAAGCACAGUUCAUAGUUUUUUGUAACACGUAAAACAAUCUGCAUUCCGCAUUCCGGCUCUCCAUGCUAGAGCAGUGCUUGUAGGGGAAGGUUUCUGCGCCUUCAAAUGAAAGGGUGUGUAUAGUCUGUGUUUUUUUUUUUUCUGAAUAUUUUCAUGGCAGAAUAUAAUAUAUUUUUCAAAGUUAAAGGUGAUUGAUACUGGGAGUUGUUUUUUUUUUUGUUGUUGUUGUUUGUUUAAAGGAUGUCUGGUUUCCGGUCCCAAUAAAAGGGGUCAGACUAACAACUCAAAAGAGCCUGACGUGGUACUAGUUUUUUCCAUCAUGCAAAUAUAUAUGUGUAACCCAGAUGGGAGUUUGGGCCUCUUUACAUCUUAUUUGGAUAUAAAUAAUAAUAAUUUUACACAACAAAGAUGGUUUAUUACUCUUUUUAAGUCAAGUCCUGUUUUAAUUACUUCGGUUUGUUUACUGGCCAUGCCCCUCACUAGGCUAACCACAAUUUAGUUACUGUUUGCUUAAGCCCUGAGCACCCAUUUCAGAGACGUGGUGUUUCGUUCUCUUUGAAUUAGUUGACACUGUUAUAUACUGUAGGUGCACUCUCUUUACUGUACUGGCUACUGUAGAUCGUCACCUGCUCUCUGGAGUAGAUGGUCAUGUCUUGAGAGUAUGAAGCAUGAACUAUAACUUCUGGGGAAAAGGUUCAUGAGGUACGUUUUUUGCUUCUGCCACUAGCUUACAUUUUUGUGUUGUGUACAACUCAAAACCUCUAGGUUUUGUCAAAGUGAACUGGUUAGUUCAGCUUUGCAGUUUUGUUCCCUUAAACCAACACCCAAUAAGGAAUGACGAUUGUAAAGAUUGUUUUUUUUUUUUUUUUUUUUUUUCAUCUUUUAUUUAUUUUUAAUUGUGUUUUGCACAUGUGUGGCUAAUUGAGAAUAAACUUGUAUAUUCAAAUUUUUUAAUAAACCUUAAAAUGGG